AUGGCGGGCGUGCAAGCAUCGGCGGUGCUGCGGGCCGGCAGGUGGCUCCUGCCGCUCACCAUCCCAGCGUGCUGCGUCGUGUGGAUGCUCCUCGUCUUCUCGCCUCCGACGCCCGAGCUCGACGCGGGCCACCGCCAGAGUUUCCACGUGAUCGUCGGGGAGACCGUGGCCGCGAUUGAGCGUCGGGGCACGCCGCCCGUGCUCGAGCGUGUACAAGAGUCACCGCCGCCGGCGGAGCUUCUAGCAAGAACAAAAACCCCAUCGUCGUCGCCGCCACCGUCGCCGGAGAGCGAAGAGACCAUUGACACGUCUCCGCCGUCUCCGGAACGCCGACCAAGAGCACAGCCCAAACAACCGCUGCCGCCGGAGCGUGAACGGAUCCUUGACGCGUCGUCACAGCCGGAGCUGGCUCCAGUGCGGCAAUCAAGAACAGGGAUUCCAGCUUCGCCACCGCCGCCGCAGCCGUCUCAUCAGCAUUUGUCGAGGGCCCAGACGAAGCCGGCGGCCGUGUCCGAUCGGUGCGCCGGCCGGUACAUCUACGUCCAGGACCUGCCAAGCCGGUUCAACGCCGACCUGCUCCGCGACUGCCGUUCACUCUCGGAGUGGACGGACAUGUGCAGGCACGUCGCCAACGCCGGCAUGGGCCCGCGGCUGACGCGCACCGGCGGCGUGCUCCCGCCCACGGGCUGGUACGACACGAACCAGUUCACCCUCGAGGUCAUCUUCCACAACAGGAUGCGGCAGUACGGCUGCCUCACCGCCGACGCCUCCCGCGCGUCCGCGGUCUACGUGCCCUACUACGCGGGGCUCGACGUCGGCCGGCACCUGUGGGGGUUCAGCAACGACGUGCGCGACGCCCUCGCCGAGGACCUCGUGGGCUGGCUCCGGUCGUCGCCCGCGUGGGCGGCGCACGGCGGGCGUGACCACUUCCUCGUCGGCGGCCGCAUCGCGUGGGACCUCCGUCGCGAGGACGGCGGCGAGUGGGGCAGCCGCCUGCUGUUCCUCCCGGAGGCGAGGAACAUGACGGCGCUGGUGCUCGAGUCCGGCCCGUGGCACGUCGGCGACGUGGGCGUGCCGUACCCGACCUACUUCCACCCGUCGCGCGCCGCCGAGGUGGCCUCCUGGCAGCGGACACUCCGGCGCGCGCGGCGGCCCUGGCUGUUCGCGUUCGUCGGCGCGCGGCGUCCCGGCGACACACUGCGCGACAGCGUGAUGGACCAGUGCGCGCGGUCCCGGCGGUGCGGGCUGCUGCAGUGCGGCCGGGGGCGGCGUAGGGACUGCUACGCCCCCGGCAACGUCAUGCGCCAUCUCAAGAGCGCGGCCUUCUGCCUGCAGCCGCCGGGGGACUCGUACACGCGGCGGUCGGCGUUCGACGCCAUGCUCGCCGGCUGCGUGCCGGUGUUCUUCCACCCGGGCUCGGCUUACACGCAGUACAGGUGGCACCUGCCGGCCGACCACACCAGGUACUCGGUGUUUGUGCCGGGGGACAGCGUGCGCAACGGCACCGUGCGCGUGGUGGACGUGCUCCGGCGGUUCGGCCGGUCACAAGUGGCGGCGAUGAGGGAGCAGGUGAUCCGGAUGAUACCCGGCAUCGUGUACAGGGACCCGAGGGCUCCCUCCGGGGAGUUCAGGGACGCCUUUGAUGUGGCGGUCGACGGCUUAAUCAGGAGGGUCAGCAGAAUCAAGCAGGGGCUGCCUCCAGGGGAGGAGGAGGACGACGACGGCAGCCGCCAUUGGGAUGGCUACUUCGACACGCGGUGA